AUGAAAGCUAAUAAUCGAUCACAUGUUAAUUUUGAUCCAUCAAUUCGUUAUACAAUGUGGAGUAUAUUUAUUGGUGUAAUAUUUUCAAGUAAAGCUCAAUAUACUUAUAUUCAAACUCAAGCACAAAGAUAUAUGUCUGUCAAAGAUACAACAUCUGCAGAAAAAGUUGCAUGGACAAAUUAUGUUAUGUUGAUGUAUCCAUUAUUUGUAAUUGAAACAUUCAGAAGAUUUUCUGGAUAUGCAGGUCUUUCUAUUGCAUGUAUCUUAAGUGCAACAUUAAGUACAUUGUCAAGUGGAGCUAAUAGUAUAGUAACAGUUAUUAUUACAGAUAUUUCUAAACAAUUAACAAAAAAACAUUCAAUGUGA